UACCAGAAUACUGCCUGUCACUGUCUCUCUUGCUUGUCCCAGAUGUAGUGGCAUGCAGUUGGCAAGUCAUAACUGCUUGCUGUCUUACUGAAUCAAGGAACUGUAACCCCUCUCUGGUCCCCAUCACCCAGCCUGGGUCCCUGCCCCCAGCUGCACCCCUCUUCAGGUCCCUGAGAUGCUGCAAAGGGUUUGGGGGAACAUUCAACCUGUCGGUGAGUUUGGAGGACUCAGGCAAACCAUCGACCGUUGAGUGGACCCCGAGGCCUGGAACUGCCGUCCUCCUGUCCUGAGCCCCACCUUCCAGAUCUGGGGUAACCAGUCUGUCCCCCGACACACCCCGCCCCUUAGGCCACAGUGAAGGUCACAAUCAACAUUCAUUGUUGUCGGUGGGUUGUGAGGACCAAGGCCAGACCCACCGGGGGAUGAAUGUCACUGUGGCUGGGCCAUACACAGCCUUGGGGGCAUGAGAAGGGGAAUAGGCCCCACCCAGACUCUGCCCCAGACAGUCAACUCUGGGAAGAAGAGACUGGUGGUCUGCAAGUUUUUCCAGUACUGGGAGUUGAACCCAUGGCUUUCACACUGAGCUGCAUCUUCAGCUCUUGUUUUACUUUUUAUUUUGAAACAGGAUCUUGCUAGGUCCUUAAGUUACCUAGGCUGCGGUUCCAACUUGUAAUCCUCCUGUCUCAGCCUGUUAGAGUGCUGGGUGGAAAGACAAGCGUGUGCCAUCAACCCGUUUGGCAUCUGUGAUUUUGAUGUACACAGAUUGGAUCAGGGAAUAGAUGCUGGAGGGUUGGGUGUGGGGGAAUCACAGACUGGGGACCCAAAGGCUGAAAACCCCUUUCUGAAAGGGCAUGGUGAGUUUUGCUCAAUAAAGUUUUCUUGGAUGGCUGAAUGGACAGCUAGGUGAAUGAAUUAUGAAUGUACUCUGGAUAGAUGAGUGGAUGAUGGAUGGAUGAAUGGAUGAAGGAUGGGUGGAUGGAUGAGGGCAUGACAGAUGGAUGAUGGAUGAGUGAAUGACAGAUGGGGUGGGUGGGUGCAAGGAUGGAUAGAUAAGUGGAUGGACGGAUGGAUAGGUGGAUGGAUGGAGUGUGGAGACAUCACGACUUCUUCCAGGUGGGCCCAGGUCUUGGCUUGUAGGCUUCAGCUUUGCUGAUCUGGGUGCCCGGAGGUCUGUGUCACAGCUAUGUCACUCCUGGAAACACCUCACCUUCUGACCUCACCCCUGAGGUCUCCUUUGAUUGGAAAGGAUCAAAGAGCUGCAGGUGGUGGGGGUCCCCCAUCAGAGGAACCUGUGGAACUGCACCCCAGCUAUCCCACUCCUCCUGCCCCAGGGAUUUCCAUCUCACCCCCUCCUCCCUGGAUCCCAGCCCUGGCCUUGGGCCUCCUGGGACAGUCUUGUCUUUAUAAAUCCCCUCAGCCUGGUGGGCUUAUGCGGAGACAAGGAGGUGUGAACACUCCAGGAGAGAGGUCGGCCCUGUCCCCGCUCUAUGAGAGUCAGGGGACACCCUCUUUCCUUCUAGAGAGCUACACUGCCUCACCCCAAGAGCCCAGGGGAAGAAAGAAAUUACUAAGUUGCUGGUAACCUCAGCCCUGUCUUUAGGGCAGAGAUCUCAGCCAUCACCUGGCCCAUCACCCGGGGGGAGGCUGGAGGGGAGGCCUCCCACUAGGAGCAGCCCCCAAAUGACCUGGCUGGUGUGUGCAGGUUGUGGGUGCCCCCUGCAACCAUCCUGUCACCUAGGCCCCCAAGGACUCCCUGUGGCCCUGGCACAGCCCCCUGCAACCUUAGGAGCCUCCCCCAACCCCUCCUCCCCUCCCAGCACUCUCAGAGGUAAAAGGAGAGGAGCAGCCCAGACUCUCAGGCCCCAGGGCUUGGGAGGAGAGGAGGAAGAGUGGGAGCUGGGGCUGAGCAGGAAGCCUGGGCCAGGCAGGCUUUCUGCCCUCUGCCCUUGCCUGGCACUUGUGCACCAGCUAUGGGGACUUUUGACCUGUGGACAGACUACCUGGGGCUUGCAGGCCUCAUUGGGGCUCUACAUGGGGAAGAGGAGCCUGAGGCCAGGGUGGACCCCCAGCCUGAGCUUCCAGUGACCACAGCUCCUGAACCAGAGGACCAGAAACUGAGCUCAGAACCCCCAGCUGCCCCCGAGCGCCUAUGCUCCUUCUGCAAGCACAACGGCGAGUCGAGGGCCAUCUACCAGUCCCAUGUGCUGAAGGACGAGGCGGGCAGGGUGCUGUGCCCCAUCCUGCGUGACUACGUGUGUCCCCAGUGUGGGGCCACUCGGGAGCGCGCCCACACCCGCCGCUUCUGCCCGCUCACUGGCCAGGGCUACACCUCUGUCUACAGCUACACCACUCGCAACUCAGCUGGCAAGAGGGUGUCCCGGCCCGACAAGGCGAGGAUGCAGGACACCAGCCACCACCGCCGAGCAGGAGGAGGUGGGGCAGGAGCAGCAGCACCAGCAGUAAUAGCAGGUUCCAAAGGUGCUGGGAAGGUGGCUGCACCUUCGCCUUCCGCCUGCGGUCCCACCACGUCCGCCUAGGAGUCCGGGGCGGGGACAGAAUGCUGCCUCCAUCACAGGGACCUCGGCGGAGGCGGGCCUUUGGGAGACCCGCCCCUCGGGGGACACGCCUCCGAUCCCGCCCUGGUUCCCGAGGACACGCCCCCAGCCCUUCGCAGGACCCCUGCAGCGUGUGGCGCUUAGGCUCCACCUACUCAGCGCUGAAUAAACAUCGCCUCUAACGGCGCAGGCUUGGGA